AUGAGUCAAAAGUUCGCUACGGCCUAUGCCAGAUAUAAGGACAUAUUUGAGAAUAAUAAGAAUGUACUGUCUUUCACAGCCACUGCUCUUUCUUGUGUUGCUGCCUAUUUGGGUUAUCUAUCACGUAUGAGGCAUCAACAAAAGCUUGAGGAACAACUCCGUGAGUUAAAUCAAACACUUUCAAAAGAACAACAAGCAACAGGUGUGGAAUUAUUAAAGAAGAAAACAUCCGAUGCUUCCAUGAUUGCAUUGUUUAUGGUCAGUUCAGCAUUAUUGGGCUAUUCAGUAGGGCGAUUUCAUGGUAGACGGUCGGCCAUGAAACGAUUUGUGGCGUUCACAGCCAAUACUGAAGUGGCUCCUACUGUUUCUGCUGCUGCUACUAGUAGUACAACUUCCUCUUCUUUAUCAUCAGCAAGUAGUGGAAUUGCUGCAGCAACACUGAAUUUAGGAAAAGAUGAUGUUCAAGAAGAACCUCCAAAGUCAACCUCGUCACUCACCACUGACAACGAAACCAAUUCCAAAUCCUCUCUUCCUUUUUUAAAUUUUAAUUAUUCCAAUUUUCCUCCCUUAUUCCUCUUCUCUCUCUAA